AUGGACAAGGUCACCAAGGGAAAGGUGAACUUGAUGGAUAAGAGGAAGCAACACUCCAAGCAUCGAAAGUGCAGGGAUCUGCCUCCAUCCGAGGCCUCAUGGGAAAAAGAGGUGAAAAAUAUCCUGGUUGAACAGGUUACUAAGAAACAAGGGGUCCUUCCUGUGAUAAAGUGUCUAGUUCGAUGGAAAGGACUACCUAAGAGACUUAAUCUUCAUCCGCCGCAGCUCAUUUCACUCCCACACCCACGGUCUGUCGCUGCCUCAAUUCACCGAAUCAGCGAGAGGAACGAGGAGGCGGCGGCCGCUUGGGUUGGUGCAUUCCACGGACCAAGGAGGAGCUGGUGGCAGAAGUUCUUCGACGACGAUGGCAAUUGGCUUGGCCUCAAAGAUGGGGACAUGGUGGAUUUGGAGGAGAGCUCCAGCGAAGAAGAGGACUUGUCCGAGACCCAAAAGUUUGAAGCCUGGAAAAGGAGAGCAGAGGCCAUUUUGGAGCUCAGGGAAGCCCAAGAAGAUAUAAGGAAUCAAGAGGGUAGGAGGUGGGAGGACUGGCUUGUGGAAGGGUCUACUGAUUCUCAUUCUGAUUCUGAUUGGGUUGCUGGCAGUCAUACCGGGGAUGAAGGAGGAGACGGUGGUGAUUUGGGUGGGAUCAUUCCGGACAAGGGUUUUGUUGAGUCUGUGAGGGAUUUGGUUCUGGGAAGGGAAGAUGAUGAGUUGCUGUAUGAAGACCGGGUUUUCCGCUAUGCGUCUUUCAAUUCAGCUAAAUUUUUGGCUGUGUUGUUGAUAAUACCAUGGGCAUUAGAUUUUGUGGUUCAUGAUUACGUCCUCAUGCCUUUUUUAGACAGGUAUGUAAAGACUGUACCACUUGCCGCAAAGAUGCUUGAUGUAAGAAGACAUCAAAAGCUUGAAAUGGUUAAAGAAUUAAAAAUUGAGAGAGCAAGAUUUCGGCUUGAGGUAGAGAUUGGUAAAUCUCCCCCUCUUUCAGAUGAUGAGGUUUGGCUGGAGUUAAGGCAUAAAGCGUUAGAAUUACGAGAUGAGUGGAGGUUAGAGAACCGUAGAGCAUUUGCCAAUAUAUGGUCAGAUAUGGUAUUUGGGAUAUCAUUAUUCAUUCUUUUGUACUUCAAUCAGAGUCAAGUAGCUUUGCUGAAAUUUACGGGGUAUAAAAUAAUAAACAAUAUUUCAGAUACUGGGAAGGCAUUUCUUAUAAUACUUAUCACAGACAUUUUUUUAGGGUAUCAUUCUGAAUCUGGUUGGCAGACAUUGUUAGAGGUAGUUGUGGAGCACUAUGGGCUUGAUGUUGAUCAGUCUGCCAUUACAAUUUUUGUCUGCUUGAUUCCAGUUGUCAUUGAUGCAUGUGUGAAGCUUUGGUUGUUUAAAUUCCUUCCAAGAUUAUCCCCAAGGGUUUCAAAUAUUUUCCGGGAAAUGAAGCGUCACUAGCAGAAUUUUUUAAUUGAAUUCUCUCAUCAUCUAAGAAAGUGCAGGACAAUUUUCUGUUUGAAUUCCUUCACCAUCCGAGGAAGUCCAGAACAAGGUAGCUUGUAUCAUCAACAUUUCCUUCUUUUCCCACUCAAUUUUUAUUUCAUCUUCCUUCAUAGAGGUUUGGUCAUGUUUGUAAGUAUAACUGAAUUUGGAAAGGAGGUCUCAGGCUUUGCUGAAAUGGGGGGCUCAAUGUCUCAGGCUUUGCUGAAAUGGGGCUCAAUAUUGUGUAUGAGUGAGAACUUGUGGUGUUCAGAUACCACUCAUUCACAUCAAUCAGUUCAGUUAGUACUGUGACUUCCAUUAAGAAUAAUCAUUUCAAACUUUAUAUCCAUGAUCCUACACAACAUAUAUAUUGCAAAGUUCCUUUUAAUCCCUGUUGUAAGAAUAGCUGGAUUUUUUCAUGUAAUAUUGGUUAGAAUUACCAAAAUAUAUGGAAAGUAUAUCAGAAACCUUUUCAUUUA